AUGCCCGCCACCAACCUCCUCGCGGGCAAAACCGCCAUCAUAACCGGCGGCACCACCGGCAUCGGGCGCGCCAUCGCGCUCGCCUUCCUCGCCCAAGGCUGCAACGUCGCGGUCAACCACCUCGACCUGCCCACCGACAAACCGCAUCUGACCUCCCUCCUCGCCGAAGCCAGCGCCCUCCACACCGCGAACCCAACCACCACCGGCCGCCUCGCCCACCUCCCCGGCGACGUGCGCGACCCAUCCACGGGCCCCGCCCUCGUCGCCUUUGCCCUUGCCCACUUCGCCACCACCCGCCUCGACAUCUGCGUCUCCAACGCGGGCGUCUGCACCUUCGCCGACCUGCUCGACCUCUCCCCGGACCUCUUCGCCACCACCGUGCGCACCAACCUCGACGGCGCCUUCUACGUCGUGCAGGCGGCGGCCCGGCAGAUGGCGCGGGAUAAUGUGCCGCUGGGGGGCGGGUCCAUCAUUGCGGUGUCGUCGAUCUCGGCGCUGGUGGGCGGCGGCCAGCAGGUGCAUUAUACGCCGACCAAGGCGGGCGUGUUGUCGUUGAUGCAGAGUGCGGCGGUGGCGUUGGGGAAGUAUGGGGUGAGGUGUAAUGCGCUGUUGCCGGGGACGGUGAGGACGCAGUUGAAUGAGGCGGAUUUGGCGGAUGAGGGGAAGAGGAGGUAUAUGGAGGGGAGGAUCCCGUUGGGGAGGACGGGGGUGCCCACGGAUGUGGCGGGCCCGGCGGUGUUUUUGGCGUGUGAUGAGUUGAGUGGGUAUGUGACCGGGGCGCAGUUGUUGGUGGAUGGGGGAUUGUUCGUCAAUUUGCAGUGA